ACCAGUAGUUUGUAGUCAGCAAUUUGCCACCACUAUCUUUGCAACAGCUGAGUCGAGCAGACAAAUAAAAGUAAAGGCGAAAAAUCUAAGCGGAAAAAAUUAACAAAUAAUUAAACUAUUAUAUAAAAAGUGGAAAUCGGGCAUUAGAAGACGAAAGGAAUAUUUGAAAAAAUGAGUAAGGUAAGCAAACGGCACAUUAGGAGAUUAGCAGGGAAAGAACAAUUAACCGCAAAAAAUUGAGGUUAGGUAGAAAUGGCGCUGGAUCGACUUUAUAAUCUUUUAUAAUUUAUUUAUUAACAUUAUUAUUAAUUAAUUGUUUUUUCUCGCGCAUUUCUUCAAAAAUACGGAGGACAAAAUCCCAACAGCGGCCGCAACUCCAAUGAAAAAGGCAAGAUAUGCGAUUGAAACUGACAACCCGGGACCAAGCUUCAGCGUAUCCAGUGAAUGUACUAUAGAAUCACGUAGGAUCAGCGUUUCGACAUCGGCUAAGGAAUACAACACUGAACCCAAUCAAGGCGUGUUUGAAGUGGUGUGCUGCAGCCACUGCAAUAAGUUCGAGAAACAGCUUCAAGCUAUAGACAAAAAACUCGAACAGCUACAAUUGACUGUCGAAACGCAGAACACUGCGAUCAUGGACGCAAUAUCUGGUCAAAAGGUUGCCACUGAGCAAUUGGUUCGCCAGGAAGCACAAACUGCACCAGUAACCAAGUAUUUCCCAAUAUGUGAUAUACCGGAAAUGCAGCACCUUGAAGAAAAAAUAACUCCUGCCAACAGAGAUGUCUAUGAAUCUGCGGUUUCAGCAAUUUUAUGUAACAACAUAAAAAAUAUCAGGCUGCUGCUAAAUAUGGACGUUAUAAAAGCUUUAAAUGUGGAUGGUUCACAUGGGAAGAUUGGACUAAAGUUCUUUCCUAAUUUUUAUGGUACAUUGACUGGAGCCGUUGCAAAGAUGCCUUUUCAGGGAUUGUCGCCGGAGGACACUCUCCGAAAAGCCAUAAAAUUUGAAAAGGCGAGAUAUUUUAAGAAAGCCUAUCGCCAAAAGAAAAAGACGUCUGAAUCGUAAACAUAGAUGCUGAUUAUAAACCGUACAAAGUAAUAGUACAAAACCGUACAAAGUAAUAGUUAAAAGACUAUAUGUAAAACAUGAAAUCUUAUUUUUUAAUUUUAUACAAAGCUUGGAGCUCUGAUUAAAGUCAUUUUUGCUGUAAUAUUAUU